AUUAAAGAUAAUUUGUUUUUGUAUCAAUGUUACAUCUUUCAAACAUAAUUAGAUUGUUAUAUAUUCACUGUAAAGCUUUUUAUACUAUUAAAAUCCUCUUUAAAAAAAAUAUAUAUAUAUAUAUUAAUAUUAUGGCUUGGAGACCGCUCGACCAAUCAGACAGCCGGAUGUUUUAACCCGGUGACAUCAUUUAUUUAAACAGGAAGUCUUUUGCAUAUGUGGCGCGAAAUUCAAGCGUGCUAGUGGAGGAGGGGGUGAUGUGGAAAGCGACUUGUUCGUGAGUAAAGUCGACAUUAAAUCCCAUAUUUUAGCAUCACUGAGAGCUGAAUAACAUCAUAGUUUGGCCUGGAAGCUUCUGGAUUAUCAUAUCAAGCUCAUAACUAUACCGAUGAUAGGCUGAUAAUUAAGGUGAUUUGUGGUUGUGGGAGUCUGCAGGGAGCUUCUAGUGAUCUAGGCCUCCUUGUUGAGAGGUUGGGUAAUUAGCUCAGCUGAUCUGAGACCUGUAUUAAAUGCAGGGUUCAUAAUCUAAUACAUAGACCUCAUUCCAGGGGUUAAAACGGUGUAGUAUUUGUGCUGUCAGUGUAGUACUUCUUACUGGUUUUAACAGACAACAUCACAUCUCCCCUAUUCUGGCUUCUCUUCAUUGGCUCCCUGUGAGUUUUAGAAUUGACUUUAAGAUUUUAUGUCAAUCAUAAUGUUAAUAAUGUUCACCCUGUACGUCCCUACAGCAUUUUUAGAUCCUCAGGUGGGUUCUUUCUGAUCAUUUUGAAGUUGAGGCUUAAAUCUAAGGGUGAUGGACUCUUCUCUGUCAGGACUCCUUGGCUUUGGAACGACCUGCCUGAGGGGAUAAGGCUUGUCGAAUCACUAACUUCUUUUAAAUCACUUCUUAAAAUCCACUUUUAUAGACUUGCUUUCCAGUAAAGUUCUCUUUUAUUUCUCUUCUAUCACGCUGCCUUUUUAUCCUUUUAAAAUGUUCCCUGCUUGUAGUCAUUCUUUUUCUAACCUCCUGAUCUUCAUCUAUUUCUAUCUUUUGUUUCCUCUUCAACUCCUCUCUUAGCCACCUGGUGUGAUGUCAUCCUUUUAACCAGCAUUUAAUCAGCUAUCCAUUGUAAACAUUUUUGUCAUUUUUUAUGUUCUACUUGUCAAAGCACUUUGUGAAUGUUCUUCUAAAAUUAUUAUUAUUACUAAUCAAGGAAACCUUUUCCCAAAACCCAGGCCCCAAGCAUGGCGACAUUGGACAGGAUCAGCCAGCAGCUGGAUUUCUGCAACUGUGAGGAGGAGGGAGGCAGCAGCAGCAGCAGCGACAACAACUCGGACUACUGCACCUCCAGGAUCAUGAGCCCUGGUUCUGCUUGCAGGACGCCCAAAGUGCAACGCCACCGCAGCAGAAGCAGCGCCGUAUGUUCUCCUUUACAGCUCACCAGCCCCAUUCUUUACGCUGCCUGGAGGAAGCUGAGGCUCUGUGACUCUCCAAGCACACCCAAGAGUUUGCUAUCAAAGUCGGCCCAGCCUUACUCCAGCUCUAGGAUCAGUCGCAAUCAGAGGACCCUACGAUUCGCCUCCACGGUCAACGUGAACCCCUUCACCCCGGACACAGUGCGCAGAAACAGCGAGCAACUGGGCAAGAGUGACGACGAUGACGACUAUGGGCGCAGGUUGAAACACAGCCUAACGUCAUCUGAAGAGGAUGAUGAAGCCUUUCUCCCACCAAAGAGACGAGCCGUCCAACCCUUGAUGCUGUCUCGCUAUGAGAGUGAGUUCCUGGAGCUCGAGUGCAUCGGUGUGGGCGAGUUCGGGACUGUUCACAAGUGUGUGAAGAGGCUGGAUGGCUGCUUGUACGCCAUAAAAUGCUCCCGACGACCCCUGGCAGGCUCUGCCAACGAGCAGUUGGCCCUGAAGGAAGUUUAUGCACACGCUGUUCUUGGACACCACCCACAUGUUGUUCGCUAUUAUUCCGCAUGGGCAGAGGAUGAUCACAUGAUUAUUCAGAAUGAAUACUGUGAUGGUGGAAGUCUGAAUAAUGCCAUAAUGAAGAAAAAGAACCGCGGGGAGCUUUUUAAUGAGGCUGAGCUGAAGGAUCUGCUCUUACAGGUGUCUAUGGGUCUGAAAUACAUCCACAGCUCCGGUCUUGUGCACCUGGAUAUCAAACCAAGUAAUAUAUUCAUUUGCCAGCGUUCCAGCAGCAGUGCUCCGGGUGAGGGGGAGAGUGAGGAGGAAGACGAUGGAGGUGCCUCAGCUGGAGUCAUUUACAAGAUUGGCGAUCUGGGUCACGUUACGUCCAGCAACAGUCCUCAAGUUGAGGAGGGGGACAGCCGCUUCCUAGCCAGCGAGGUCCUACACGAGGAUUACAGCCACCUGCCUAAGGCGGACAUAUUUGCUCUGGGCCUUACAGUGCUGCUGGCAGCCGGCGCUCCUCCUCUGGCACAAAAUGGAGACCAGUGGCACAGUCUCAGAGAGGGGCGGCUCCCCAAUCUGCCUCAGGAGCUCUCACCGGCCUUCAGAGGUCUCCUUCAGCUGCUGCUGGAUCCAGACCCCACAAAGCGUCCAUCUGCCAGGGAGCUCUGCAAGCACACAGUCCUGAGGGGAAAGAGAAGCGAGAGGCUGGCGGCUGAGCUACGCAGAGAGCUCAACGUGGAGAAGUUCAGGACAGCUAUGCUUGAAAAGGAGCUCCAGGAGGCCCGUGAGGCAGCUCUGUCACCGAAGCAGGACCUCUCUCCAGGACUGAAACCUGCAGCUAGGAUGGGGUCUCUGCCUGGAUCAGGGAGGAGGCUGGUUGGGAGGAAGACGGGCCGAUCCAUGAGCUUUGGUUGCCCAGGUUACGGACAGUGAUGGGGACCAUGUGAAGAGAGUCCUUCCACUGGGAUGUGGCCCUUUCUGCAACGACACUGAGGCGGGAAAAUAGGAUUCCCCAAGCAGAAGAAUACCAGAAAUUAAGAUAUGGACAGUCCUUGUUUGUGUCUUCUGAGUGACUGAUCUUUAAAGGACAAAUCUGACUCGAGCAGUAUUAUAUUUAUUAUUGUCUAGAGAUGACUUUAGCUUCAUCUAACUGCUGUAGACCAAUGUGCUUGACUGGUCAGAGGCUUUUAUUUCUUUUUAAAACUGUAAAUAAACAUUUUAAGAAUUUUAUCCAUUCUAUGUCUCCUUGUUUUCCUACACUCAACAGAAAUAUAAAUGCAACACUUUUGUUUUUGCGCCCAUUUUUUUAUGAGAUGAACUCAUAGGCACACCUGUGCACUAAUCAUGGUGUCUAAUCGGCAUCUUGAUAUGGCACACCUGUGAGCAAAAGGAGAAAACUCUCAGCAAAGGAGAAGUGCUCACUAUCACAGAUUUAGACAGAUUUGUGAACAAUAUUUGAGAGAAAUGGUGAUAUUGUGUAUGUGGAAAAAGUUUUAGAUCUUUGAGUUCAUCUCAUAAAAAAUGGGAGCAAAAACAAAAGUGUUGUGUUUCUAUUUUUGUUGAGUGCUAUUUCAUCACACGUCUUGUGCUUUUAACUUGUCUGGGCAGUGUUUGGCCAACUGUGUGAUCCAAAAAAAGAAAAAAACAAAGUGCAGGGACUUUCCAGUGGAGUAUUGUUCUUAUCUAUAGCUGCAGUCGACUGAAUGUGUGAGCAAGGAAGUAUGAGUGAGUCACAAAGAUGGCUUGACAUAUUUCACUUUUUAUGUUUAUUAUAUUUGUACAGUUUGUUGGCGUAUCAGUCUGUAAAUAUUAGUUUGCUUGCAGGUCACGUGACAUGUACACUGUUUAUGGCUAUAAAAUAAAUUUAAACUUUGUACAGGAGGUCACAUAUUCCAAAAGUGGCACAACUAUAACAUAAGCACAAACAGAUUUUUUUGUGGUUUUGUUUUGUUUAAUGAUUAAACAUUAAGUGAAUAUGCAUACAGUAUGUUCUCUAAUGUGCCUUGUGUUGACAGAAGUAUGUAUUUUAAAAGUUUUUUUUUUAAACUUCUGAAUCUAAAUAAAAAGACGAUGGAUUAAGUCUAUUUGACGUUUUUUGAGUUUGUGGGAAUUCACCCCAACGAAUUUCAGCUGAAUUGAAGCGUUAGUGGAGCGUAGCGUUUUGAAUAACAGCGAUUUCCGAGGGCGUGUGAACGCACCGUGACGCCACAAAAACGAUGUAGGAGUCCAGCCUGAGCUUGUUUUUGUGGCAGACACAGCAGGACUUCGGUCUACGGCGCAUCUCUAAUUUAUCUGGAGGAAUUUAAAGUUAAUGUAGCCGACAGAGGAGACGUUAACUCAACGAGUCUCCGCUUCGAAAGAGAUUUGGAGAGAAGCAGAAGAAGGCCAGACUGACAAAGAUGGAGAAUCUCAAUGUACAAAACGCCUCUCUGGUCAUCUUGGCCUUCCUUAAAGCAGACUGCUGGGACUCAGAUUACAGGAGGGAGCUCAUUUCUCUGGGCUCACACUUAAACCUGACAAAGGACAUCAACUCCAACGGGCCCUGGAUAGAAAGCUCUGAGGACGAAGGCCUUGAAUGUGAUGGUCACCUACAGAGCAACAUCAGGGAUUCUCUCCAGGAUCUUGAGCCCUUAGUGGAGCUGCAGUGGCCCAGGGACCAUGUAGAAGCAGCAGCCGUCCGGAGGAUUGCUGAGGACCUGAGAGAAGUUGCAGCCCAGCUCGAACACCACAUUGUGGCCCGGGCCAUCCGGAACCUCAGCAGUAACAUUCAAGCCUCCCACUCUGAGCAGUGGAAACUCCACCUCGCCAGGGAGGUGGAGCGCGUCAUGAGGCAGGGCGUGGGGCUGGAGCACCUGCCCCAGGAGCGGGUGGCGGUGGCCCUGACCCUCACCCUGGUGAAGGGGGUUUGUGUGAGCGCUCCCCGGCUGCUCAGAGGCCUCUUCAACGCGGCGCUGCAGUACCUCAGGUGAUUUUACAACAGGUUCAGAGGAAGCGACGGGGGAGUUUGUGGAGGACAGCUGCAUUAGAAGCUGAUCAUUCGACUGUGAAAUGAGCUGUAGCAAACACUGGGCUGACUAAAGGAGAACGGUGAAUUAAUGGUGUUUACGGUUCUAUGCAGAAAAGGAGAAGCUGAAAGCUGACACUUGAAUUGUUUUCUUACUUUAUGUGCUUUAAAUCGUGUCGCUUCGGUUCACUUCUGCAUAAAAGCGUUUUUCAUUUUAUACUUGAAGAAAUGGAAUUUUUUUUUGUACUGAAUUUUUUUGAUUUUGGGAUAUUUGUCUGGUUGUUAUAUUGUGUAACUACAAAAAAAGUGUUUUCCCUGAAUUUAUGUUUGAUCUUAAAAUACUUUGAAAAUGUAUUUUGUAUCCGUGAACAUAAACAAUAAUAAUAAACCACUAGGAACGAUG